AGUCACAAAAGAAUAACUUUUUAGAUUUUUAGCAUUAAAAAUUAUUAAAAAUGAAUUAGGAUGAAGGGAGUAGCGGCUGAUUUGAGAUGGAUAGAAUUUCCCACCGACGUAUGUUUGAUCAUCGACUACUAGCCAUUGGAUUGCAUAUUCUCCCAAAACUGUUCUUUUGACUGAAAGUUGAACCCAAUCUUCAUCUGAUCAACUUAAAAUUCAGAGACCCCAUGCCAUUUCUGUGAAGGUUCGAUCUUGUAUUGCCAGGAUUUACUUCCAGACCUGUUCUUGCUGGGCGACAAUUAAAAACCCAAUCUUGAUCUGCUAAUAUGAACAGCGGUGGAGGAGCAUAUCUGGCUUAUGCUAUCCUUCCAUUGUUGAAGCUCAUCUGUUUGACAGUCAUUGGUCUGAUUCUUGCACACCCAAAAGCCAAAAUUGUCCCCAAAGCCACUUUCAAGCUUCUCUGCAAGCUUGUCUUUGCUCUGUUCUUGCCCUGCACCAUAUUCAUCCACCUCGGCGAGGCUAUCACUCUCAAGAACUUCACUCUUUGGUGGUUCGUACCCGUGAAUGUGAUUUUAAGCGUUGUGAUUGGCAGUUUCUUGGGAUUCUUGGUGACCAAGAUUUGCAGGACACCCCCAGAGUUCAAAAGGUUCACGAUUAUCGCUACUGCAUUUGGGAACUCUGGGAAUCUUUCCCUUGCGAUUGUCGGAUCGGUUUGCCACAGUGCGGACAACAUUUUUGGCCCAAACUGCCAUAGCAGUGGAGUGGCGUAUGUGUCGUUUUCCCAGUGGGUUUCGGUGCUUCUUGUUUAUACUCUCGUGUAUCUGAUGAUGGAGCCACCAUUGGAGUAUUAUGAAGUCGUUGAGGAAGAAGGUGUUGAGAUUCAAGAACAAUUGCCCCCGGCUAAUGAUCUGAGUAGGCCACUUCUUGUUGAAGCCGAGUGGCCUGGAAUGGAAGAAAAUGAAACAGAACACUGUAAGACCCCAUUCAUAGCCAGGAUUUUUUCUAGUGUUUCCAACAUCUCCCAAAGUUCAAUCCCAGAUCCUGGGAGUCCGAGACAGCUCAGAUCAAUGACGUGUUUGGCUGAGCCACGCGUAGUAAGGAAAAUGAGAAUCGUCGUCGAGCGGACUCCAGUCCACCGUGUCCUUCAGCCACCGAUGAUUGCAACUCUACUGGCUUUUGCCAUCGGGAUGACCCCGCCGCUCAAAUCUUUUGUUUAUGGCCAAAAUGCCCCUCUCUCGUUCCUAACUGACAGUCUUGAGAUAAUGGCCCAAGCAAUGGUUCCUUCCGUGAUGCUCAUCCUCGGAGCAAUGCUAGCCGAGGGCCCCAACGAGUCGAGGCUCGGCGUGGGGACCACAAUCGGCGUGAUUGUCGCGAGGCUUUUGGUGCUACCCGCGCUGGGGAUCGGGGUGGUUUUGGCGGCGGACAAGGUGAACAUUUUGAUCCCCGAGAACAAAAUGUACCGUUUUGUCCUCCUGUUGCAGUACACGACUCCCACCGCUAUCCUGUUGGGAGCGGUGGCUCGUCUGAGAGGAUAUUCGGUGAGCGAAGCUUCUGCACUUCUCUUCUGGCAGCAUCUGCUUGCAUUGUUGUCUCUUUCUAUAUACAUGAUUGUUUAUUUCAAACUGCUGCUCUCUUGAAGUUGAGGUCUGGUUUGAUCUUCUUCUUCUUCUGCAAUAAUGUUUCUCAUAGAGAACCAAAGCUUGCCAAUAGAAUCUGUCCUUUUUUAUUUGUCCCCACAAAGAGGGAUUACUUGUAACAGUAUGAUUUAAAUGUCUAUGAGGACAUGGCUUGUGAGUUCCACCUUCUUUCAAUGCUUGGGGCUCCAAUUUGGAGUUGUUAUGUAAAAUAGUGAUUCAGAACUCUUUUCCAAUUUUUUAAAGAAAUAACUCUUUUCCAA